AUCUAUUGGUAAAAUAGUGUCAAGGACAAUUAAUAGGAAAAGUUUUUUGUAUCUUUAAUAUUCCAAUUAAUGGUAAACUGAUCGUACAGUAAAAAAAAUGUUUUCUCAAAGGUUAGCUUUGAAUCGGAUUCAUCAAUUGUCAAAAUUUGCCAGCAUUAUUCCAGAGCAUGUUUUCUCUGCGAGAACUAUGGCGAUACAAAAGAAAACUUGUUUAUACGAUUUUCAUGUUCAAAACGACGGCAAAAUGGUUAAUUUCGCUGGAUUUUCCAUGCCAGUUCAAUACAAGGGCUUAAGCAUCACUGAUUCCCAUUUGCACACUAGGCGAAAUGCAUCCAUUUUCGAUGUUUCUCACAUGCUUCAAACAAAAAUACUUGGCAAUGAUAGAGAAGAAUUUUUUGAAAAACUAACAGUAUCUGACGUCAAAAAUUUAGCAGAGGGACAGGGAACAUUAUCCUUGUUUACAAAUGAAAAGGGGGGCAUUGAAGAUGAUCUUAUUGUUACUAAAGCAGCGGAAGGUUAUCUUUAUGUUGUGUCAAAUGCGGGCUGCCUCGAAAAGGAUUUGGAAUAUAUGCAAAAAGCAGCUAAAAAUUUUAGAGAUCAAGGAAAAGACGUUCAAGUAGAAGUCGUCAAAAAUGGAUUAUUAGCUUUGCAAGGUCCAAAAAUGAAGGAUGUUCUACAACCUUUAAUAGAUUGUCAAUUAUCGGAAUUGACAUUCAUGAGAUCCGUUCUGACAAGGGUAGCCGGUAUCGAUUGUCGAGUUACUAGAUGUGGGUACACAGGAGAGGAUGGAGUUGAAAUAUCCGUUGCUGAGAAUCAAGCAGCGAUUCUUGCCGAAAAACUACUCGAUAAUCCUCUUACCCGGUUGGCCGGAUUAGGAGCAAGGGAUACUUUACGAUUAGAGGCGGGAUUGUGCUUAUAUGGAAAUGAUAUGAAUGGUGAAACCACUCCAGUUGAAGCCGUUCUUGCUUGGACCAUUCCGAAACGAAGAAGACUUGAUGGAAAGUUUCCUGGAGCUUCAAUAAUUAACAGACAAUUAAAAGAGGGAGCCACUAAAAAGCGAGUUGGAUUCUUAUCAAAAGGUCCCCCUGUCAGAGAAGGAACUGUUAUACUUAAUGAAGAAGGUACAGAGGAGAUAGGAAAAAUAACAAGUGGAUGUCCAUCUCCGUCAUUGAAACAAAACGUGUCUAUGGGUUAUAUCAUGAAAAAUCAUUCUAAGAUUGGUUCCAAAGUGAGAUUUUUAGUGAGAAAGAAGUUUGUCGAUGGAGCAAUUGUGAAAAUGCCCUUUGUACCUAUGGGUUAUUAUCACGGAGAAAAGUAG